AUGAGGGUCUCCUCAUACCUUUCUCUCCCACUGGCGCUGGCCUCUGCGCUAUGGAGCCAUGCGACCUCGGCAUCACCAGACUAUAGCGAACAUUUGCUACUGCAGCCGCUUCCUCAGUCAUCUUUGCUCGCCUCCUUCAAUUUCCGGGGCAAUACCUCCCAGCAGUCCUACGACAAUCAACAUUUCCAAUACUUCCCCCGCGCCCUAGGCCAGAUCCUGCAGCAUGCUUCGACAAAGGAGCUUCACCUCCGAUUUACGACUGGGCGCUGGGACGCCGAAAAUUGGGGGUCUCGGCCUUGGAAUGGGAGCAAGGAAGGCGGCACUGGUGUCGAACUUUGGGCGUGGAUAGAGGCAGCCGAUGAUGAAGAAGCUUUCGCGAAGUGGAUUACUUUGACACAAUCGCUGUCCGGCCUGUUCUGUGCCUCACUAAACUUCAUUGAUUCGACCCGAACAACUCGCCCGGUCGUCUCAUUCGAACCCACCGGCGACCACAAGCGUCUGGAAAACUUGCACCUGCUUCAUGGAACCCUCCCUGGAGAAGUGGUGUGUACGGAGAAUCUUACACCGUUCCUGAAAUUGCUUCCUUGUAAAGGCAAGGCUGGAAUUUCGACCCUUUUCGACGGUCACAAGUUGUUCGAUGCCGCAUGGCAAAGCAUGUCCGUCGACACGCGGCCUGUUUGCCCUGCGGACGGUGACUGUGUCGUCCAGAUCGAACAGACUGUAGAUAUGGUUCUGGACAUCGAGCGAUCUAAGAGAUCUCGUUCGAAUCCCAUUCCGCGUGCUGUCCCGAACGAUCAACUGGCCUGUGACCCUUCCAAGUCAUACAAUUCUGACGACACAUGUUACCCGCUUGAGAAGGCAAGCGGGCGAGCUUGGAGCUUGCAGGAAGUGUUCGGACGAACGCUCAACGGAGUUUGCCCUCUGGCUGCCUCGGAGGGUGAGAGUGAACAACCUAUCUGUCUCCGAGUGCCCGAUGAGCGCCAAGUAUCGUACUCCGAGGGCGUGGUAGAGCACAGAAAAGCAGAUGGAUAUACGCGCUGCUACGCCCUUUCGCCUUCCCAGCCAUUUGACCUGUCUGUCCAGGAGCAAGAUAUCCAGCAGGAGGUUCCCCUUGAGGAGCCUGUUCUUCACGCGGAACGGACCAUUGUCGGGCAUGGCCAGGAGCGUGGUGGCAUGCGUAUGAUUCUCGCCAAUCCUUCCAAGACAGCCCAUGUCGACUUUAUCAUCUUUGAAUCGCUCCCGUGGUAUUUGCGGCCUUAUACGCACACGCUUCAAGCUAAAAUUACCGACGCGAACGGUACAUCACGCGAGAUACCUGCAUCAGAGCUUGUCACGGGAACAUUCUAUCGGCCCGCUAUUGAUCGUGAGCGUGGGACACAGCUGGAGCUGUCGCUGUCCGUCCCGGCGGCAUCCACCGUUACCCUGACCUACGACUUUGAGAAAGCAAUCUUAAGAUACACCGAGUAUCCCCCCGACGCCAACCGUGGAUUCAAUGUCGCACCUGCUGUGAUCCGAAUUUUGAGCGCGCCAAAUGCCGCCCCCAUCUACAUCCGAUCGACCAGUUUGCUUCUGCCCCUGCCAACUCCAGACUUUAGCAUGCCAUACAACGUUAUCAUUCUCACGAGCACCGUCAUUGCACUUGCUUUUGGCACCGUUUUCAACAUUCUCGUGCGACGAGUUGUCUCGGUCGACGAGGCGCGGGCCCUGGGCGCUCGGACACUCAAGGGGAGGAUAUUGAGCAAAGUCGUUGUCCUCCGUGAUCGUCUGCAAAAGAAGCAGACUAAAGUUGAAUAA